GACUGCGCUUACAACUUUUCCUCUUCCGUCCUAAUAUCAUUUGUUGCGUGGUCGACCAGCUGCAAGCACGUCUCACGCAUCGGUAAUGGGAUCUUCACUUGGCUCCAAGAAAAACUUCCAGUUUUUUCGAGUGUUCGCUCUUGAAAAGUUACUUUUCAAACUGCGGGGAUAGUUGUCACUGCGCAGGUGCGGGCGGACGAGAAGGCCCCGCGUGUCUACAUGCCAGUCAAGACGCACCCGGGCGGCUCAUUCAGUGCGUGAAAGUGUGCGUAAAGUUGACGCGCAACCCCAGGAACUUUUUUAAACGGUCCCUUGCGAAGAUUUGGCGAUCAUGGCAAAAUGGUUCAGAGAUUUCCCCAUCAACUUGAAGAACGGAAGCGAACGAGUGCGCUCGGCGUCCGAAUCCGGUCCACCAACACGCCACAAGGCGUCGUUCUCCCGGGACAGCCUGAAGGGAAACGCGCGUAAAGACAGCGGAGUGGCGGCCUUGCUGACCGGGAGGGCCAGGAAGAAUUCGGCCACGGAGUUGGGCCGCAACAACAACAUUAACAGCGGUUCUGCCGGUGGAACCGUGUGGGAAACUCUGGCCCCGAAAAGCCGCAAUAAGAACCCCAGCAAGGUGGAAGCACCAGAAGAGAAGACGCAGGUCAGCAGGACGUCCAGCUUGGCUCAAGCUUACAUCAACAGGAUGAUUAAAGUGGACAAGCAGGACAAGACGCACAAACUCGACGACAUAAGUGAGCAGAAGAAGCCUGAGAGUGAAGAUGGAAGAUCUGCAAUCAAAACUACAUUGAUCAUCCUGGAGGACUACGCCGAUCCUUUCGACGCAGAGAAAACCAAAGAGCAGAGAGAGGCGGAGAGAGCUGGCGUCAACGACGGUUACAUGGAGCCUUACGAUGCCCAAGUCAUCAUCACAGAAGUUCGCAGACGGGGCUCCAAAGACCUCCUCAAAGUGUGCGUUCUGCUGGACCGGGGCCAGGCGGAGAGGAAGCCGGAGGAGGGGAAGCUGCCCCCGCCGCAGAAUAUCUACGACACGCCGUACGAAGGCAGACUGGAGGGCGACAGCCAGGGCGUGUGGAUCCCUGUCACCCGUCCAGAGUCUGACAUCCGUCCGGCCGGAGAGUAUGAGCUGCCCUGGGAGUGGCGGAAAGAGGACAUUGUUCGAGCCCUGUCAGCUCAGUUUGAAGCCGUGGAUUGUUCGACCGCCAAAGAAAAUUCUUCCGUCUCAAUCCGCCAGCAGCAGAACCACACUAUGAGACAGAAGAACUGGAGCCAUAAGACACUCGUCUCCACCUCUUCAUCCUCCUCCUCCUCCUCGCCAUCCUUCCCGUCGUCACCUAUUCUUAAACUCUCCCCGAUAACGACGACGUCGCCUUCGUUCCCAACUCUGAAACCGUCGCCUUCUUCCAGCCCCAACAAACCUUCCUCUCCUACCUCGGCCAGCGCCCCACUGGAUGGGGAGGUGGCCAAAGUGGACUCGAGCCUGCCACUGGACAAGCAGAGCUGGUACCAUGGCAGUGUGAGUCGGCAGCAGGCUGAGGCUCAGCUGCAGCGCUGCAGGGAAGCCAGCUUCCUGGUGAGAGACAGCGAAUCAGGAACCAGCAAGUAUUCCAUCGCUCUCAAGACCAGUCAGAGUUGUGUGCACAUCAUCGUUGCCCAGACUAAGAGCAGCAAAGGUCUGGGCUACACUCUGGAUCAGAGCAGCUGUGUCUUCUCCAGCAUCCCCGAGCUGGUCCAGCACUACUGCACGCACAGACUGCCUUUCACCGGAGCCGAGCACAUGACCCUGCAGCAUGUGGUGCAACGGUUGCACUGAACGUACAUGUCACUAAGGUGCACAACGCCUAUACUCAAGGAUUUUUUUCUUUUUGGUGGAUUUGAAUCCCAUGCGGGAGCCAGAAAAGUGUGGUCAUGAUAACUUGAAUGUGAGUGGAGUGAAAGUUCCUCCAUCAUCAAUCAAAUGAAAGCGUGGAUGAAAACUACACUGACAGGUCUUAUGUUAUUUCUCGCUAUUCUUUGACUGAAGGAAUGUCAAGGUUCUGAUAAAGCUGCUUAAACGAGUAACCCCAUUCACUCAAACAACUGCAUCUGGCCUUCCCGAUGUACACUACGCUUGUUAUUACAGUGGAACCUCCGAAGUCAAAGCUCCCUUUAAAAAUGCAUCAUUCGGAAUUCAAAACUAAAGAAAAAAAUCUGCUGCUGAAGUCGCAGAAAGUCUUGCAUCAAAUGACCACACAGCUCGUUUUUUUUCUCUUUCUAACAGAUAUUCCUAAAGAUUAAGCCAUUCCGAGCAAUUGUACAGGCAUUUUGCUUUUUCUUUGGCUUUUUGUAACAUUACCCUAAUGAAACAGACUCCUGGAUGUGCAGCACAAGUGUAGAAAACACGCAUGAUGCCACUUAGUGCACACCAUAAAGCAGUGUUUUUCAACCACUGUGCCGCGGCACAUUAGUGUGACGUGAGAUACAGUCUGGUGUGCCGUAAUUUCACCUAUUUGGGUUAAAAAUAUUUUUUCCAAACCAGUAAUUACGGUCUGCAAAUGAUGUGUUGUUGAGUGUCUACCAUUAACUUGGACCCCGACUUAAAGAAGUUGAAAAACUUAUUGGGGUGUUACCAUUUAGUGGUCAAUUGUACGGAAUAUGUACUGUACUGUGCAAUCUACUAAUAAAAGUUUCAAUCACUCAAUCAAAAAGUCAGUGUUGUUUCGAGCUUGGCAGAGUAACCGUGUAAUACUCUUCCAUAUCAGUAGGUGGCAGCUGGUAGCUAAUUGCUUUGUAGGUGUCGUAAACAGCAGGAGGCAGUGUGCAGGUAAAAAGGUGUCGAAUGCUUAAACCAAAAAUAAACAAAAAGGUGAGUGCCCCUAAGAAAAGGCAUUGAAGCUUAGGGAACGCUAUGCAGAACGAAACUAAAACUGUAUCGGCUACAAAGUAAACAAAAACAGAAUGCUGGACGAGAGCAAAGACUUACUGUGGAGCAAAGACUGUGUCCACAAAGUACAUCCGAACAUGACAUGACAAUCGAGAACAUCCACACAACAACUGAAAUAGUCUUAAUUUCCAAAACAAAGGAAAUGCGGGAAAUAUGGCUCAAAAAUUAAUUGAUUAACGUGGACCCUGACUUAAACAAGUUGAAAAACUUAUUGGGGUGUUACCAUUUAGUGGUCAAUUAUAUGGAAUAUGUACUGCUACUAAUAACAGUUUCAAUCAAUCAAUUGCUCAAAGGAAGACAUGAAACUGCUACAGGAAAAUACCAAAACAAAGUGAAAAAAGCCACCAAAAUAGGAGCACAAGACAAGAAGUAAAACACCACACACAGGUAAAGAGCAAAAAAGUGAAAAUAAGUCAGGGUGUGAUGUGACAGGUGGUGACAGUACACCUACUUUGAGACAAGAGCUAUACUGAUGCAUGCUUGGUUAUGCUUUAAAGUCAUAUCCAACAGCAACUUUUUACUGUCAACUGAGUUGUUGUUUUUUUAUAAUAAUGAUUUCUGCUGGUGGUGUGCCUCCGCAUUUUUUCAACGCAAAAAAAUGUGCCUCGGCUCAAAUAAGGUUGAAAAACACUGCCAUAAAGUACCUGGAAAGCAGGGGAGUCCAAACUUUUUCCAAUAAGGCCCACACACUAAAAUAUUUAAGCAUUUUGAUAUUUUGCAUGAUCAAAACCAAAUUAAAGAUUUCUUUUUUUACUUUUAAGGCUCCCCUAAAAUAAGUCACAGGGAGCCAAAAGGGUUUCACUCAUAAAAAUAUUAAAAAUAAAUACAUUAUUAUUAUUAUUUAAUUCAACGCUUACAGUGAAUCUGUAGAUCAACUUCAGGUUAAUAUGUCGAUAGAAAGUAAAAAAUAAAAAAUAAAUGUUUUAAGAGCUUUUCGUAAAAAAAAAAACCUGUUUAUGAAAGCAAAAACUAAAUAUAGUAUUUAAUCCCCCAAAACAUUUUUAAGUUUUAAAUAUGUCAAUAAUUUGAGUGUUUAAAAAAAUAAAAAAGUGUGUUUAUCGAAUUUUUGACAGAUACAGUCCAACAAUACAAUUAAACACAUUAAAUGUUUAUUUUUUUCCACCAAACAAGUAACCCCAAAAAAACUAUAUAUAAAAUGGAAAAAAACGACAGAAAAAAAAAAAAAGUACAGGUAUAUAUUGACAUGAACUGCACUACACGGUGCAGCACUACACAAAAGCAGACAGAAGGCUCAUCAAUUAUCUACCGUUCAAUUAAUUUUACUUUCCAAUCACUGUUCAAUCGUUGUUCAAUUUGAGAUCAGUCUCUUUUACAUUUUUGGGAAACCACCCCAUACUUCCUGAAACAAUUGUUUGACAGGGACAGUUUAACAUAUAUACAUUAUAAAUGUAUUCAUACUUUUUUUUUUACUUCCAACAAUUAAGUCUUCAGUUUUGUGGUUCUUAAUUUUUUUUUUUUUUACCAAGUACCACCUUAGAAAUCUGUCAGCUCUCCAAGUGCCAUAAUGAACAGCGUUAACUUACAGUAGCGUAGUAGGCCUAAAUAUUCAUUAAAAGCAAGGCAGUCGGUUUUAUGGAACAUCCAUCCAUCUUCUUCCGCUUAUCAGAGGUCGGGUUGCGGGGGCAGCAGCCUAAGCAGGGAAGCCCAGACUUCCCUCUCCCGAGCCACUUGGUCUAGUUCUUCCCGGGGAAUCCCGAGGCAUUCCCAGGCCAGCCGGGAGACAUAGUCUUCCCAACGAGUCCUGGGUCUUCCCCGUGGCCUCCUACCGGUUGGACGUGCCCUAAAAACCUCCCUCAGGAGGCGUUCGGAUGGCCUCCUGACCAGAUGCCUGAACCACCUCAUCUGGCUCCUCUCGAUGUGGAGGAGCAGUGGCUUUACUUUGAGUUCCUCCCGGAUGGCAGAGCUUCUCACCCUAUCUCUAAGGGAGAGCCCUGCCACCCGGCGGAGGAAACUCAUUUCGGCGGCUUGUACCCGUGAUCUUGUCUUUUCGGUCAUAACCCAAAGCUCAUGACCAUAGGUGAGGAUGGGAACGUAGAUCAAACGGUAAAUUGAGAGCUUUGCCUUCCGGCUCAGCUCCUUCUUCACCACAACGGAUCGGUACAACGUCCGCAUGGAACAAGUAUAUGUAAUAUUUUUGGCCACUGUAACAUUACAAGACAGUUUCAACAGUAAGACUGUGUGUGAAUAUUCAAUUAAGCGAUUCUUUGGCGAACCACUAAAUUGAGUUUGAGAAUCAACUUCAGAUCUGUCAAUUAUACCUUUAUCAUUUUUUAAAGAAUUUUUGUGUUUGUUUGCGUUAUGCCUUUUUUGUCAAAGAAAACUUGAUUGUUUUUUUUUGAUAUGGCUAACACAAAUUAUGCAAUAUUUCCCCCCCAAAAUAUUUAAAAUUGAAAAAAUUAUUAAUAAAAACUAUAUGUACAUGCACAAUUCAGGAAAGGUUAAAGAACCCUAAAGUUGAUAAAUCCGUGUAAACAUUUUUUACGUGUUAUCGUCCACAUGCACUCACUUACAGCAGACCUGGGCAAAUUAAGGCCCGGGGGCCGAAUGUUGCCCGUUAAUAUUUUUAAUUUGGCCCGCCGGACAUUCCCAAAUAAUUUUUUUCGAUCUUUCAGAUGGAAACUGUAGCUGCCAUUAUGAUGUGCAGUGAUGUUUUCAAAUGACCGUAAGUCUUGAACUAUACAAAGUAUUUCAAUGGUUGCUUUUGCAUGAUAUACUAGUUACUAUGGCAAUCUAAGUCACAGCAUCUCAGACGAGGUACCAAGCAGUGUGGGUGGGGAGCGUUUACACAGGGGCCAGCCUGAAAUGCUGGUGUCAGGGACAGACGCGGAAGGAGAUUUUUACAACAAAGUUCUAAAGCUUAGUGAUAUAUCACAUAUGAGAUUGUUGGUGUUUUUUAAUUUUACCCUUAGCGUUUAUUUUUCCACUGUGUUUGUUACAUUUAUUUUUGCGUUUCGCUUGAUUGUAAAAUAUGUCGAUGGAGAGGGUGUGUGACAUUCAUAUAUUGUCAAUAUUCAGUGUUUUAUCGUUCAUAGUUAAUAUUGUAAAUCCCACAUUCUUUAUUUUCAUGUACAUUCUGGGUGUCUCAUUCAGUAAAAAAAAAAAGUAAAAGUCCAUUCUGUUUUUAAAGGCGGUCUGUCAUAACGUUUGUAGCAUUCAAUCAGACAGAAUUGUGAGGUUUUUGUAUUAGUGUCCGUAAAUAUAGACAUACUGGCCCCCAGACAUUUUUAUUAUCAAAUUUGCACCCUCCCGUGUCAAAAUAAUUGCCCAAGCCUGAACGUGAAUGUUGCGCAUGUACGUCUACCACUGCACUAAUAAGUUGAUAAACAUAUUACUCCUGUACUUUUGGUAGUAAUAUCAGAAAACAAGAAAUAAUGUCACACAUGCUUUAUGACACACAGCAUCCCAUUAUACAUCAUAGUAGGGUUGUACAGUAUACCGAUAAUAAUAUGGUACCGCAAUACCGAUGAAUCACAUUCGGUACUACACCGCCUCUGAAAAGUAGCGGUUCAUCCACCUAUUCCCCCAUGACAUUGCUGGUUUACGAGCAGACAAGCAUGUUCACAGCGCACAAUAACGGACUACUAUACAAGCAGACAGUGUGAGGACAAAAAAAGGAGAACGGACGAAUUCUGGCUUAAAAACCAACAAUAAAGGUGUUUUAAUUCUAAAGGCCUUAGUGGCCACAUGCGUGGACAGCACCUUUUAGCUCUUAUUUCCAAAAUUGUGUACACCACUCACUUGGGGUCUUAUGCCUGCUUUUGUGGACACUUAUACUGCCAUCUGGUAGUGUCAGAAGAGUAUAACAUACAAUGGAAUUUGGAAAAAAAAAGUGUAAAAAACAAAAAGCAUAUCACUACACAUGAAGUACAUGUUUGUGUACUUAUGGACAAAGUACAUCAUGUCAAAAGAUGAUUUUUAUUGUUUAAAUUCUAAUUAGGGUCCAAUAAACCCUAAGAGAAAUAAAAAAAUGCAUGUAAACAAACAGCUUGGGCCUUAAAGGCCUACUGAAACCACUACUACCCACCACGCACAGUCUGAUAGUUUAUAUAUCAAUGAUGAAAUAUUAACAUUGCAACACAUGCCAAUACGGCCUUUUUAGUUUAGUAGAUUGCAAUUUUAAAUUUCCUGGUAGUUUCUUCUUGAAAACGUCGCGUAAUGAUGACGUGUACGCUUGACGUCACAGGCUUUUAGGAAAUAUGAGCGCUGCGCGCACACACACACACCUAAAAGUCGUCUGCUUUAAUGGCAUAAUUACACAGUAUUUUGGAGAUCUGUGUUGCUGAAUCCUUUGCAAUUUGUUCAAUUAAUAUUGGAGAAGUCAAAGUAGAAGGAUGGAGUUGGGAAGCUUUAGCUUGAGCCACACAAACACACGGUGAUUCCUUGUUUAAAAUUCACGGAGGUGAAACUUUAAUAUGGAUCACAGCGAACAUGGAUCCCGACCAAAUGUCAACCAGCAGGUUUCGGUGAGAAAAUUGUGGUAAAAAGUCGCUUCUUACCGGAGAUCAGCUGAGCUUGUGCCGUCCAUAAAGCUGCCGUCGACUUCCCUGAAACACUGGCGUCAAGACACCCGUGGACACACACCUCCGACUAUCAGGUACUAUUAAACUCACUAAAACACUAGCAACACAAUAGAAAGAUAAUGGAUUUCCCAGAAUUAUCCUAGUAAAUGUGUCUAAAAACAUCUGAAUCGCAAUUUUUUUUUUUACUUGUUUAUUUUUUUUAUUUAUUGUUUUUCUAGUCCAUCGCUAUCAAUAUCCUCAAACACGAAUCUUUCAUCCUCGCUCAAAUAAUGGGGAAAUUGUCGUUUUCUCGCUCUGAAUAGCUGUUUUUGUUGGAGGCUCCCAUUAAAAACAAUGUGAAUAUGUGAGGAGCCAUCAACAUGUGACGUCAUCGUCUGCGACUUCCGGUAGAGGCAGGGCUUUUCUCUUAGCAAGCAAAAGUUGCGAACUUUAUCGUGGAUGUUCUCUACUAAAUCCUUUCAGCAAAAAUAUGGAAAUAUCGCGAAAUGAUCAAGUAAGACACAUAGAAUGGACCUGCUAUCCCCGUUUGAAUAAGAAAAUCUCAUUUCUGUAGGCCUUUAAGAGGUUAAGACAUGGCUAACUAGCUUGCGGCUAAAGACCGGCUGCAGUCAGCAGUAUUUUAGCUACUUCUAAAUCACUAAUCCUCGCCUCCAUGGCGACGAAUAAAGUUCCUUACAAGUAUCAUCCCCUGCAGGACGAGGAAUAGCUAAACAUGCUUCACUACACACCGAGGCUCACCGGCGUCAAAACAUAAACAAACGCCAUUGGUGGAUCUACUGUAAUAAUACAAAGUACAGGAGUGUAUCUUGUCGAUAUCAACAUCUAUCAUUUAAAAAAAAAAUGUAUAUAUACACACAUAUAUAUUAUGUUUAUAAACCCAGGAAAUACGUUCCUGUACACAUGAGGACUUUGAAUAUGACCAAUGUAUGAUCCUUGGUAUCGGAUUGAUACCCAAAUUUGUGGUAAGUAUCAAACAACAGAAGAAUAAAUAAUUAUUACAUUUUAACAAAAAGUGUAGAUAGAACAUGUUAAGGAAAGUAAGCAGAUAUUAACAGUAAAGUAACAAGUGGAUUAAUAAUCAAUUUUUACAAUUUGUCCAACAUAAUAGGUAGAUAAAUGACACAAUGUGUUACUGCAUCCAUCCAUUUCUACCGCUUAUUCCCUUUUUGGUUGCGGGGGGCGCUGGUGUCUAUCUCAGCUACAAUCGGACAGAAGGCGGGUACACCCUGGACAAGUCGCCACCUCAGUGUCAGCAGCUAAAUUAGGAGCCUUUGUUUGCUUACUUACUAAAAGACAGGUUGUCUUGUAUAUUCACCGUUUUAUUUAAGGACAAACUUGCAAUAAGAAACAUAUGAUUAAUGUAACCUAAGAUUUUUUUUGUUAAAAUAAAGCCAAUAAUGCAAUUUUUUGUGGUCCCCUUUACUUAAAAAAGUGUCAAAAAGUACCGAAAUAUAUCGAAAUAUUGGUAUCGGGACAACAGUACAUCAUAGUAAAUCACUGUUUAAGUUAAGACUGUCUGAGUGUGUUUAGGUUUGAAUAAUUCACAUGAGCUUUCUUGGGCAAUCUUGACCCUGGAACUGAUGUUUACAUUCAUUCUCAUUUCGGAAUGGUAAAAUACAAAACAUAAUCGGUUCGGGCUUGGAGGUUCCACUGCACUCUUUUGAUCAUGUAUUCAAAGCAAAUGUAUGUGCGAUAAAGCAAGUAUGUAAUAAGUGAAGUCCUUAAAGCAGGGGUCACCAACCUUUUUGAAACCAAGAGCUACUUCUUGGGUACUGAUUAAUGCGAAGGGUUACCAGUUUUAUAUACAAAUAGCCAGAUUGCUCAAUUUACCUUUAAUAAAUAAAUCUAUAUACUGUAUAUAUAAAAAAUGGGUAUUUCUGUCUAUCAUUCCGUCGUACAUUUUAUUUCCUUUUACGGAAGGUUUUUUGUAGAGAAUAAAUGAUGAAAAAACACUUAAUUGAACGGUUUAAAAGAGGAGAAAACAGGAAAAAAAUGAAAAUUACAUUUUGAAACAUAGUUCAUCAUCAAUUUUGACUCUUUAAAAUUCAAAAUUCAACUGAAAAAAAAGAAGACAAAAACUAGCUAACUCAAAUCUUUUUAAAAAAAUGAAAAAAAAAAUUAUGGAGCAUAAUUAGUAAUUUUUCCUAAUUAAGAUUAAUUUUAGAAUUUUGAUGACAUGUUUUAAAUAGGUUAAAAUCCAAUCUACACUUUGUUAGAAUAUACAACAAAUUGGACCAAUCUAUAUUUCUAACAAAGACAAUCAUUAUUUCUUCUAAAUUUCCAGAUUUCUUUUAAAAAAAUAAAUUCAAAAGACUUUGAAAUAAGAUUUAAAUUUGAUUCUAAAGAUUUUCUAGAUUUGCCAAAAUAAUUUUUUUGAAUUUUGAUCAUAAUAAGUUUGAAGAAAUAUUUCACAAAUAUUCUUUGUCGAAAACACAGAAGCUAAAAUGAAGAAUUAAAUUAAAAUGUAUGUAUUUUUCUUUACAAUUAAAAAAAUAAAUUUAGUUGAACAUUGAUUUAAAUUGUCAGGAAAGAAGAGGAUGGAAUUUAAGGUAAAAAGGUAUAUGUGUUUUAAAAUCCUAAAAUAAUUUUUAAGGUUGUAUUUUUUCUCUAAAAUUGUCUUUCUGAAAGUGAUAAGAAGCAAAGUACAAAAAGAAAUGAAUUUAUUUAAACAAGUGAAGACCAAGUCUUUAAAAUAUUUUCUUGGAUUUUCAAAUUGAGUUUUUUCUCUCUCAGCAUUAAAAAUGCCGAGGAAAGUGAAACCAGCUUGCUAGUAAAUAAAUAAAAUGUUAAAAAUAGAGGCAGCUCACUGGUAAGUGCUGCUAUGUGAGCUAUUUUUAGAACAGGCCAGCGGGCUACUCAUCUGGUUCUUACGGGCUACCUGGUGCCUGCGGGCACCGCGUUGGUAACCCCUGCCUUAAAGCAACACUUUUACAAUCUCCUUAACACAGGAGGUGCUGACACGUCCCAGUGCACUGACAAACUAUUUGGAAAAUCAAUACAGCUGAUUGGAGUACACUCAUUCAUCCAUCUGCGGCUGUCACUCAAACCUAUUGAUCCGCCCUGAAAAUGAAGCUCAUUUGCCAGCCAAUCUGUUUGUUAGGAAAAGGAGCUUUAGCGGUGACUGGAUGCCUCGGAAGGAGGGUGAACUGCAGAGGGGAAGAAGGACUCCUAAUGCUACAAGUCAGCAGAAUUGUUGAAAAUUGCUGAGGUGUGCAAAUAAAUGUGAGACAAUGAUGUGAAUAUUGGGGCUUUUGGUGAUGAAAAAGUGUUUUCUUUAAAACAAGAGUGUCAAACAGGGGGUUUGGGUCUGUUUUUUUAUUAAGUCUCUUGGUAUUUUGUAAAAGUACAAGGAUUAAUAAGAGACGGUGGUAACUCGAUGUUCGUAAUAUGUAGAAAAACCUAAUAGAAAUAAUGCAAAUGUAAGUAAUUUGUUGCUGACACCCCAAAUAUAUAUUACUAUAAAAUACAGUUUACACAGAAUAAUUAUUGUUUUGAAUCCAGAAAACAAUGUGAAAUACGUAUAAAUGACGAAUGAAACGAAUAAAUGAACAUUUAACAUCA